AUGAACAACUUCGAGCCACAAGACCCGAGUUCUGAGGAUGCAAACACCGAGCAGCAAGGAGGUGCGUACAAGAACUCUGGGACGAACAGUAGCAUGAACUUAAGGCCAACUGUUGGGUUUUCAUGUACUAGUUUAGUUACCCGCUUCAUACGAAUCAUUCGUGCGUUUGAGGGCAAGCGUGCCGUACUUCUAACUUCUAAACCAGGCUAAAUAUAGAGUCGGGAGAUCACCCAGGCGAUCCCUCAAACAUCACUCAAAAGCAUUGACUCAUCGUCUCUUCUAUGUCGCGGUUCUUUCUCGUGGGAAUUUUCCCUGCUCUAAGAAUGCAGGUUCAGAGCAGUCGGUCAGGGACGCCCACGAGAGGCAGUGUGGGUCCCACGAGAACCAGCGUGGGUGAAAAUCUUAUGAGCCAAGAAUAGGAUACAACAAUUCUUUCUUUGUACUGUCGAAAGAAGCCCGUUAAGGUUAACGUAGACUGUGUACUAGUAAGUCCUCGUUAAUGCAAGAAGCUUUCUCCUGUUUCACAUUUACAACAGCAUAGCGUAGACUGAGAAGUGUGGCCGCGUAGGAGAGACUCUGUAAAGUCACACAGCUUUCUUUCUGUAAGUCGUUGCAGCUUUCCACCUUUCUAAGUAGUUUCUUCUAGAUUAGUGGGGAGUAGUUUUCAACUCAUACAACUCUAAACUCGCAGCCUUUCCC